AUUUAUCUAAUUUUAACAAUGUAUUGUAACUACUAGCCAAUCAGAGCCAUCAGAGUGUCGACUGUACUUGAUAUGUUAAAAACACGAGUUACCACUCGCAUAAGGUGAAAGCUGAAGCAAGAACAACCAGACAACAGGAAGAAAUCCAAGGUGGAACAGGGAGCCAUGGAAACUAUACUGAUGUUAUUUAUUCUGUUGAUCCCAGCAUUCUAUUCGAUUGAAGUAAGUGGAGCAAAUCAAUGCUGUGGAACAAUAAAGAAGGAUGUGACUAAGAUGAAGACAGAUAUUGAUGAUCUAAAGAAGCUUAUUGACUUACAUACUAAAGACUCCCAUUCCCAUGAUGAAUGCAUUGGUAAAUUAUUGGUUACUGGGUCAUCUCACAGAAUUCCAGACUCAUGGCUGACAGCUUCAACAGUAUAUGAAUUUGGAUAUGGACCAGACAGAGCGAGACUAGGCACCCAGGAUAUUCCUGGUGAAACACAAAGAGGGAGCUGGGUUGCUAGUGUUAAAGAUAGCAACCAGUGGAUUCAAGCUGACCUUGGGAAAGUGAUGACAGUUAGUGGAGUCAUAACACAAGGAAGAAAUAUACUUGGUAAGCCCACACCAGCAGCUGACCAGUGGGUAUCAGAAUACAGAAUACUUUACAGAACUUAUGCUAAUAUGCCUUUUGAACGUAUACAAGAGCGUUUCCAAGGAAACAGUGAUAGAGUCACCCCAGUACUUAACAUGUUUAAGAGUGUGAAGGCAAGAUAUGUACGCAUCAAUCCAACAGUUUGGAAGAACCAUAUCUCAAUGAGAUUUGAUGUCAUAGGCUGUUAGAAACGGCUGUUAGAAACUUAUGCUGUUCUAGUGUAAAAUGAGGAAAAUGAAAAUAAAAGUAUGUACAAUUGAAACAAA